AUGGAACGAAGACGUUUACAACAACAAAGAAUGAAAGAACAACAACGUUUUUGUGUUAGUCAACAAGAUUUAAGUGAAACAAUAGCUCGUAUGAAAACAAAACGACGUGCAACAUAUAAUAAUUUAAUGAAUAUUUCAUCAUCAUCAUCAUCAUCAUCAAUAUUAUCAUGUUCAAUAGAUACAUUGACUAUUCCAUCCGUUUCACAAAUCAUUCAAGAAUUUGAAACACGAUCUAUAUCAACACCUUAUGUAAGCGCUCAAGAUUUUAUACCAAUUGAUAAUGAUGUUGUUUCUAACGGAGCAGAUUUUAAUUGUUUUCAGCAAAUGCCCGCUCAAAAAAUAAAAAUCAAGGCCAAUAAUAACGACGACAAUAAUAUUUCUUCAUCAAUUUCUUGUCUCGAUAACGAUCAAAUACUUAGAGAAAAAAUACAUCAAGAUCAAUUCAUCGGAGAUAAAGAACAGCAAACAAUAAAGAAAGAACAAAUAGAUCAAGCAUUGAAUAACGAUCGUUACAAACGAGAACUACCGUCAUCAUCAUCAUCAUCAUCAUAUUACAGUAUUGACAGUAAUAAUAAUAAUACAACACAAAUGGUAACACGAAAUACAAAUCUUAAUUCACUUAUAUCAAAACGACAUGAUAAACGUUUUGGAGAAAUACUUGCAAAAGAAGCACAACUUAAUAAUGCUCUUGCAGAUUUAAUUUCAUUAUCUAAUGAUGCUGAUAUAUCUUCAUCAAUAUCUUCAUCAUCACGUUCAUUAACUAAUAUUUCUCAACGUCGACGAGCAUCAAGUACUAAUGAUAAUACCAAUAGUAUAUCAGCAAGCAUUGCUUUAUUAAAUAAUUUACUCGAAACAUUUGAUCUGGAUAAUGAAGAUCUUAAGAAAAAAGACAAUAAGAAAAAUAUUAAUGAUCGAAAUAGUCAAAAAAAUGAUAACAAUAAUAUUAAACCGAUCAACAUGUUUUGGUAUCUUAUCAUGUCAGAUAAUGUAUGCGCUAAUUGUCAUCAAUCGUUUGCUACUAAUGAACAAAUUGUUAAUGCUGCUGGACAAAUUUGGCAUACACAAUGUUUCGUGUGUGCUCAAUGUUUUCAACCAUUUGAAAAUGGAAUUUAUUUUGAACAUGAAGGUCGAAAAUAUUGUGAACGCGAUUUUCAAAUGUUAUUUGCACCAUGUUGUGCAGAAUGUAAACAAGCUAUUGUUGGUCGAAUUAUUCGAGCACUUCAAAAAUGUUUUCAUCCAGAUUGUUUUCGUUGUCAAUUAUGUCAUAUAUCAUUACUUGAAAUCGGCUUCUCAAAAAAUAAUGGAAGAGCUUUAUGUCGAGAAUGUUAUACAAAAGAAAAAUCAAAAGAUUCAAUUGUAUCCCAACAUAUUUGUUCAACAUGCCAUCAAAUAAUUGACAAUAAAUAUAUCAAAUACAAAGAUGAAUGUUAUCAUGCUUAUCAUUUUCAAUGUUCAUCUUGUCGAAUUGAAUUAGAUGAGAAUGCUCGAGAGGCACGUGGUUUAUUGUAUUGUCAAUCGUGUUAUAAUAAACUUGAUUUACCUGUAUGUGCUGCUUGUCGACGUUUAAUUGAUGAUCGAGUUGUUAGUGCUUUGGGAAAACAAUGGCAUGUUGAGCAUUUUUGUUGUGCACGUUGUGCUCAACCAUUUCAUGGUAGUAAACACUAUGAAAAUAAUGGCUUAGCAUAUUGUGAAAUGGAUUAUCAUAUUCUAUUUGGUUCAACAUGUUUUAUUUGUAAUAGAAUAAUUACAGAAGGAGCUUACACAGCAUGUAACAAAAAAUAUUGUGCUGAUCAUUUUGCUUGUUCAAAAUGUGAAACGAAAAUGAAUGAAAAAAGUAAAUUUUUUGAUGUUGAUGCAACACCUGUUUGUAAGCAAUGCUAUGGUAGAUUACCAUCAGAUACUCGAAAAUCUCUUCAACAAAAUCAGAAACGGAAAUCAUUAUCAUCUAUUUGCAAACAAAGUACUGUUUAA